CUAGUUAUGCUUUGGACCAUGGCAAUUUGGACUGUUGUUAUAGUAUUAUUAUUCCAAGUCUUCAGUCCGGUUGUUGUCGCCGCCGUCGAUGUCGAUGUCGGCGGCGGCAACGAGAGCCAUUUGGACACGGGAGGCCUGAGCCGGAAAAGCUUUCAGAAAGAUUUCACAUUUGGUACGGCGACAUCGGCUUAUCAGGUGGAGGGUAUGGCCGAUAAGGGCGGCCGUGGACCUUCUAUCUGGGAUGUUUUCGUUAAGAUACCAGGAAUUGUAGCCAAUAAUGCCACUGCUGAUGUUACCGUCGAUCAAUAUCAUCAUUAUAAGGAAGAUAUUGACUUAAUGAAAAUGCUUAAUUUCGAUGCUUAUCGAUUUUCAAUUUCCUGGUCUAGAAUAUUUCCAAAUGGAACUGGCAAAGUUAACAAAGAAGGAGUUGCUUACUAUAAUAGAUUAAUUGAUUACAUGGUGAAGAAAGGUAUUACUCCUUACGCAAACCUUAAUCAUUACGAUAUCCCUCAAGCACUUGAAGAGAAAUAUUUAGGGUGGCUCGAUCGUGAAGUAGUGAAGGAUUUUGCUGAUUAUGCCGAAUUUUGUUUUAAGACAUUUGGUGAUAGAGUAAAAAAUUGGAUGACUUUCAAUGAGCCUAGAAUUGUGGCUGCACUUGGAUAUGACAAUGGGUUAUUUGCGCCGGGUAGGUGCUCUAAAGAAUAUGGAAAUUGCACGGUUGGAAAUUCAGGGACUGAACCAUACAUCGUAGCUCAUCAUUUGAUCUUGAGUCACGCGAGUGCAGUGGAAAGAUAUCGUCAAAAAUAUCAAGAAAACCAAAAAGGUAGAGUUGGCAUACUAUUGGAUUUUGUUUGGUACGAGCCACUUACAAAAGAUAAGGCCGAUAAAAUGGCUGCCCAAAGAGCUCGAGAUUUUCAAUUAGGAUGGUUUCUACAUCCAUUGACAUAUGGAGAAUACCCGAUAACCGUUCAAGAAAUUGUUGGUAAUCGAUUGCCAAAAUUUACAGAAGAGGAGGUUAAGAUGGUUAAGGGUUCAUCCGAUUUUAUUGGCAUUAAUCAAUACACAACUUUUUAUACAUAUUAUGAUCCUAAACAACCAAUAGUUGAAGUACCCGGUUAUCAACAAGAUUGGAAUGUGUCAUUUGCAUAUGGUAAAAAAGGUGUACCAAUUGGGCGAAGGGCCAACUCUUUUUGGCUCUAUGAUGUCCCAUGGGGUUUGUAUAAGGCAGUUAUGUAUGUGAAGAAACACUAUGAAAAUCCCACAGUUAUUCUCUCUGAAAAUGGUAUGGAUGAUCCCGGAAAUUACACACUUCAUGAAGGAUUGCGUGAUUUUAAUAGAAUCAAUUAUUAUAAGGCAUAUAUAAAGGAACUCAAAAGAGCUAUAGACGAUGGAGCAAAUGUGGAGGGCUACUUUGCAUGGUCAUUGGUAGAUAAUUUUGAAUGGAGAUCGGGUUACACAUCAAGAUUCGGUAUAGUUUAUGUCGACUUCAAAUCGCUCAAUCGUUUUCCUAAGCUUUCUGCUCAUUGGUUUAGGAAAUUAUGUAGCAAAAGCGAAUAAACAUUUUAUGUGCUAGUUUUUUUCUUAGAUAAACUUUUAUUGAAUC